AUGCGGUUCUUACCGCUGCUCAUGGCUGUCAUCACCAGCAGCCUCCGAGCUGAUAAUGUGCGUAUGGACUGCCAUCCCGAACCGGACGCCAAUCAGCAGAAUUGUGAAGCUAGAAACUGCACAUGGUUACCGCCACCGGAUCAGGAUAAGACAAUACCAUGGUGUUUCAUGAAGAAGGGCAUCGGCUACGUCAAUGUGUCUUCUUCAGGUUCGGUAAUUACACUGAAGAAAAACAACGGUCCAAGGAAUCCAUGGGGAGACGACAUCGAUCACAUUCAAUUAAAAACUGACACUUUUGGGAAAACUUUGAACGUGAAAAUAUUCGUGGAUGGAAGGUACGACCCUCCUGUUGGUCUCCCACGAAACCCCUCCGUUUCUGCUGAUAGCCUGCAGGUAAAUCUUAUUAAUUGUCUUGUAAACUAUCCUGGAACUUGUCACCCAGCUAACACCAAGGCCACUUUAUGUGGAAAUUAG